CCGAUUUGCCGUUCUCGAAUCCUGCGGUGACAAUGAAAGAGUACAUUACCAAGAGAGAUAUAAUGAUUUCAGAUUGGAUGUUUGGUCUUAUUGAGAGAGAUAUAAUGUCUUGGUUCUUACCAUUUUGCAUCGAUUUGCAUUGGUAGUUGAAUGUCUUGGUAUUAAUGUUGUAAUUUUCAGUUUAGUGUUUGAUCCUGUUUUAAUUUCUAAGUUGUCUGUUAUGUGGAGCUAUCCACUCAUAUAUAUUGUGCAACUUUCAUCUUGUAACUUAUUCUGUUAUAUAUAAAAUGAAAGUUUUAAGGAAAAAAAAAAAAAACCAAAUCAGAUCGGCGUUUUAUGUCCCCUUCUCUCUCUCCCUCGCAUCGAUUUCAGCAAAACUUAGAAACGAACCAGUCACACAGUUAGAGAGAGACCAGAAAAAAAAAAAAACCCAAUUCGAUCACGAGAUCGUCGCAACGUUUCCCGAAGAAUUUAGUAGAAUCAUCGGAGGGUAGAAAAAAAAAAUGCUCAACGAUGGAGAAGCGACUCCUUCUAGGCAUGAGAUUCUUAGUAUGGUUAAGAAGCACUCGAAGUCGUUAGGAAGUACGUCUCUUGAUGAGCAAGAUGCGUCUGAUGUAGAAAUGGACUCUAAUUUCUGGCAUGGUCUGUUUGAUGUGUACUUCAUUCGUUGUAUGGAGUCAAGGAGGCGACAAGACGAUGAUCUUCUAUUUUUUGUGAGGAAAUUGAGCUGUAAGUCAUAUGGUUUGACUGAAAAUGACGAAGCACCAGCUCCUUACUUUGUGCGCAGGUGGGCACCUAAGCAGUUGAAUGAGCUUCUUGGUGAAAGUCUGGCUGAAGUUGAUUGGAGGAAAUCAUUUUAUUUGAAUAUGAUUGCCCACACAUCAUUCACUGUUACUGUGGCGAUUUGCAGCAAUGAAGCCCUUAAGACGUACCAAGGAAGUAAAGACACAAAACUCUCUCCUAUAUACAAGGUUGUAAAAACUGUAUAUGCAUCACCGAGUCGCGUUAAUUUUCAUCUGGACUCAAAGAAGGAAGUGGAGACAACACCGGCCUACCCAGAAAUUUGUUUUGCUGUAGAUGAUUUUGACUCAACCUUUGAUGCUGUGGUUCUGACCGAAAAAGAUCAUUGCUAUUGCGUACUUCUUAAUUCUCAUGAUGGGGCAGCAUUUCCAAGUGCAAAUAAUAAAGAUUCCAGUGAUUCUAAUUCAAAUACUGAACCCAAAAGUGUGAAAGAUCCUAAGGUUACUCUGUUUUCUGGGUUUGUCAGCUAUCAAAUGGUUCGAGAAGCCUAUGAAGGGGGGAGGAAUCGGUUCGGAAGCCUUCUAUCUCUGGGUCACAACACAGGAAAAGCAGACCGACUUUAUAUGAGAGGUCCAGGAGGACGUGGAGAAGUUGAAGUAGCUGUUUCUGGGGUUAUAGUUGUAGGUCCUGUUUCACCAAUGUCUUCAAAGAAGAGCAUCGAUCUUGGCUCCAUUUUCCGUAAAGCAGCAUCUGUUGCAUCUGUCGCAGCUAAACAUGCAAUAGCAGCUGCUACCGCCUCUUACGAUGAAGACGAGAUGUUCCCUCUUAAAUGCUGCUUAAUGUCCAUCUCAUUGCCAUGGGAUACUAUUGCUCAUGAUCUUUUAUUCAAGGCAUUUCCACCAGUGAACAUGGAGUAGAACAAUCUGGAAGGAAGCGUAGGAAAUAGAAGUUGCGUGUUUUGUCUAUCGGGGUUGGGGUUGUUUGUUCGUCGAUUGAAUAUUCCUUUUGUGCUGUUACAUGACUAUGUGGUUUACCUCAACCACUGUUUUUACCUCUAGCAAUAAAAAUGAAAGUAAAGUUGUGAAUUUGCAAUCAUCAACUCUAUAGAUUCUAGUGUAGCCUCAGACUUAUUAUAACACUUCUGUGUAUAUGCCUCGUUCCAUCUC